UUUUUAAGCAGCUCAACGUCGUCAAGCCGAAGCUGUGCAGCCCACAGUUGCCGCAAAAUCCUCAGCCUCUCCCGACUGUCGCAUUCUAUCAUGGAUUCAUAGCAACAACGCGAACAAGAUGUCCGUUAUUCUAUGCACCGCGGGUUACGACCACACAAUACGAUUCUGGGAAGCUCUAUCAGGCAUCUGCUCCCGAACGAUCCAACAUCCUGAUUCGCAGGUCAACCGACUCUGCAUCUCACCAGACAAGCGCUACCUCGCUGCUGCCGGCCACCACACCGUAAAGCUUUUCGAUAUCCGAUCGACCAACCCUGCGCCACUUCUCGUCUUCGAGGGCCACACGGGCAACAUCACAGGUGUUGCAUUCCACUGCGAGGGAAAAUGGAUGGUCACGAGCUCUGAGGAUGGAACCGUCAAGAUCUGGGAGACGAGGACUGGCACAAUACAGCGCAGCUACAACCAUGGAUCCCCUGCGAAUGACGUCGUAAUUCAUCCCAACCAGGGUGAAAUCAUCAGCUGUGACCGCGCUGGCAGCAUCCGACUGUGGGAUCUGGCCGAGAAUACCUGCUCACACCAACUAAUCCCAGAGGAAGAUGUGUCUGUGACAAGUGUCACCGUGGCAACCGAUGGGACCCUUCUCUGCGCCGCAAACACUGUUGGAAAUGUCUUCGUCUGGCGACUCGAACAGCAGUAUGAGCGCACCACUCUUGUACCCCUAACCCAAUUCUCAGCACACAGCAGUCACUACAUCACCCGCAUUCUCCUCUCGCCCGACGUCAAGAAAUUGGCAACAUGCAGCGCGGAUCAUACCGCAAAGAUCUGGGAGGUCAAAGAGAUGGAACCCCAGGGUCCAGAUAGUGAACCACGACCGUUCCCUCUCGAAGCCACACUCACUGGCCACCAAAGAUGGGUUUGGGACUGUGCCUUCAGCGCCGAUAGUGCGUACCUCGUCACUGCAUGCAGCGAUCAUUACGCUCGCCUUUGGGAGCUUCACAGUCAACAAAUCAUCAGACAGUACAACGGCCACCAUCGUGGCGCCGUCUGCGUGGCCCUCAAUGACUACUCGGAGGCCAGAUAGGACGGGCCCUCGGAAGACUAUUGCAAGGACGAAUCACGCGGAGAACGCCGCAAAAGCAACUCGGGGUCAAGACAGCAAGACCAAGCUCAGAGGCGACUCCAGCACCCCAGACAGAAACAACGGACAAAGUCUGGGACGAAUUACAAGGCUGCGAGGAAAGCCAAGGAUAAGUCGGGACCUUCAUCAGCACCACCAACAGUACCAGCACCCGCGCCCGCUGGACCACUGGUGACAGUAGAGGAAGCUACAGCUCGGGUUGGUGAGCUUGUUGUCACUCCCCAGGAAUCGUUGUCACUCCCCAGGAAUCCGCUUCUCCCGACGAUGCGAGCGACGUGACCCCCAUCACCCCCAUGGAGAGCAAGAGAUCAUCAUUCGUUGAGAUUAUCGAGGGGCAGGUGAAGUGAUCAAUUGCAGGGGAGUUUUGGUAACUGAUAAUUUGGGGAUACAACGACUAUGGCUAAGAAGUAUCAGCAUAUGCAGUGAUUUUUCUUUCUUCGCAAUCCAUCAGAACACGCUCUGUAGGAAUAUGUACCAACAAUAGGGUUGAUCAGUUGCGACUGCGUUUUGCAGAGAGGGAAAGGCUGGGGGCUGCAUUUGAUGAUAGCGAUUGCGAAGAGUUUGGUGCCUACGGGGCAACCGGCAAAAUAAUUAUCUGAUUUCUGCAACUAGCAAGUAGCGACCAGUCGAAUACAUUGUAAUCCUGGGAACAUUUUGCCAAAGAUUUUGCGGC